CCCUUCGUUUCUUCAGCGCCCACUCUCUCUCUCACAAACUUCAUCUUCACUAAGUCUCUGCAUUUCAACAAAUACUCCGAUUCACUCUCCCCCACUACUAUGGACAAAACAGCCACCGAGCCUUGGCGACUUGAGCCGCCGCAGCCUCUUUCCUCCGCCGUCUACCGCCCGCCGGACACUCCACUCGAACCCAUGGAGUUCCUCUCCCGCUCUUGGAGUGUUUCGGCUCUAGAGGUCUCCAAAGCUCUCGCCCCUCCUCGUUUGACCCUUUCUAAGCACCCCAACACCGGAAAUGGCCUCAUCGCCACCGUCGCUGCCGGCGGCGGCGGCGUCAUUUUGGAGGAUUUGACCGGUGAGCUCGACGAGGGUACCACUUUUUCUGGAAACCCAUUUUCCUUUGCUUCUUCUGAAACUUCGCAGAUGGUGAUGGAGCGGAUUAUGUCACAGUCGCAAGAAGUUUCGCCGCGGACUUCAGGCAGACUGUCUCACAGCAGUGGCCCUCUCAAUGGAGCCCAAAGUUGUGGUUCAUUAACAGAUAGCCCACCUGUCUCCCCGUCGGAGAUCGACGACGUUAAGUGUGGUCGCUCGAACAUCCCACUCAAUAACCAGUACAGAGUUACUGCCACUGGAGGAUCCACCACUGCUGGAGGUGGAAAGACUGUUGGGAGAUGGCUUAAGGACAGGAAAGAGAAGAAGAAAGAGGAAACAAGAGCUCAGAAUGCUCAGCUUCAUGCUGCUAUUUCUGUUGCUGGUGUGGCUGCAGCCAUAGCUGCUAUUGCUGCUGCCACUGCAGCUUCUUCUGGAUCUAGCAAAGAUGAACAUAAAGCCAAGACUGAUAUGGCUGUUGCCUCUGCUGCAACACUUGUCGCUGCUCAAUGUGUCGAGGCUGCUGAAGUUAUGGGUGCUGAACGCGAUCACCUUGCUUCAGUCUUGAGCAAUGCCGUUAACGUUAAAUCUGCCGGUGAUAUCAUGACGUUAACUGCUGCUGCAGCCACUGCUUUACGUGGGGCAGCGACUCUGAAGGCGAGGGCAUUAAAGGAAGUGUGGAACAUAGCAGCAGUGAUUCCAGUAGAUAAAGGAAUGGGAGUUGCUGCUGAGAAUGGCAGCAAUGGCACUUCCAACAGUAGUUUCAGUGGUGAACUUGUCCCUGAAGAAAAUUUCUUAGGCAUUUGCAGCCGAGAAUUUCUCGCCCGAGGCUGUGAACUCCUGAAACGCACUCGUAAAGGUGAUCUUCACUGGAAAAUAGUUUCUGUGUAUAUCAACAGAAUGAAUCAGGUUAUGUUGAAGAUGAAGAGCAGGCACGUUGCUGGGACCUUCACAAAAAAGAAAAAGAAUGUCGUUUUGGAGGUGAUCAAAGACAUGCCUGCCUGGCCCGGGCGCCACCUACUCGAAGGUGGAGACCACCGUCGCUACUUCGGCUUGAAGACUGUCCUUCGUGGCGUUGUUGAAUUUGAAUGUAAGAGCAUUCGUGAAUACGAGAUUUGGACUCAAGGCGUGUCUCGGCUUCUCUCCAUUGCUGCUGAGAAGAGAGGAGGCAGAGUUGUGGUUUGAGGAGAUACAUAUCGUUGGUUGUUACUAAGUAAGAAAGGGGAAAUAGGGGGAGAUCAAGAUGUGUUAAAUUUUCUGUUUUUUUUCCUCCUCUUUUUUUGUGUUUCUUUUGUAAAAAGAAUUUUAGAUUAAAGGUAAAAAAAAAAAAGGAAAAGGUUAUCCAAAUGGGGUCUCUCUUUAAUGAUAUCAAUAUAAACAGGGGGGGGCCCUUUUAUAUUUUGAUUUUGGUUGAAUUUGGAUGGUAAAGUAAAGGGCAAUUUGAAUCAAA